AUGAACAAAAAUCUAAAACCCCGGCACUGCUACUUGACGUCGCCGAGCUCAAGCUCCGGUCCUUCUACCGAUCCCUCAUCGCGGAGUUCAUCACCUCCCUCGUCUACUGAACCAUCGGGAUGUGAGGUCCCACCCCCAAAUUUCAUUCAAAACCCUAGAUCUGAAACAAUAUCUAAAGUUUCAUCCCCCAAAUUUCGAUGGAAUUUCCAGGAGAGACCUAUUGCUCGGAAUCUUCUAGCCGCCGGAAAAAGAGAGGUAGGAAUGCAGGGAUUUGUCCAUGACGAGGCGAGCCGGAAAUAUGGGGUUUUUCACGAUGAUGAUGUCGGAGAUGACGCCGCAUCGCCGGCCGCGACCGUCCAUGAUGCUCGCCUCCAUCUCCACCGCAGGUCCUUCUCGAAGGUGACCCUUCCGUUCUGA